GAUUUAAUAAAAGUUUUUGGUUGGUUAUUAGCCUGAUUUGAUUUUAUGUUUCCAUUUACAAGGAACUUAUCAGUAUUCUUAGCCAAGGGUUCAUAUCAUAAAGAAUGAUAUCCUUAGAAGAGGAAAUUGAAAUGUUUCUCAACAUGUACGGUGAGGAAUGUACCCAAAGCGAGGACUGCCAAAAAAAAUUUCUAAUUCACCUGCCCUUUGAGUUCGAACUCGAGAUUACGCUAACAGGAGGAUAUUUUGAAGAAAACUAUCCCACACUCUUUGUGAAAAGCGCUCCGAACGUACAGCUGGCGGGGGUGUUUUCGACUGUGCUUCACCAGAGAAUGCGGGAGGAAAUUCCCCUAGGCACCCCAAUGCUCGUGCACCUUGUCAACUUGGCUCAGAUCCUCGCUCAGGAAGUUGGUGAGGAACGGCAAAAUGAGAAGGAAAACUUAGUUGCGCAGCAAAAGGACGCUGAAGAUGCCCUUUUACGUGAAAAAAUUCUCCUAGAAAGCUCUGCAAUUCCAAUUUUGUCUGGCGAACCUGUGGUGGAUCGUCGUUCAAAGUUUCUCGCGCAUCUCGCGCCUGUUCGGAGUGUUCAAGAAGCCAUGCAAGUGGUGAACACUCUGCGAGAUGAAAAGCAUAUUAUGGAAGCUGCUCAUCCAACGAUAUGGGCAUAUCGCUUUAUGGAUAAAAAAGGUCUUCUUCAUCAAGACUCCGACGACGAUGGGGAGUCGGGGGCCUCAAUUAAAAUGUUAUUUUUGCUGGAUCAUUUAAAAGUAGAUGGUUUCAUCGUGGUAGUAACUCGUUGGUGGGGAGGAAUUCUGCUCGGGCCGGAUCGAUUUAAGCAUAUCAUGAGUGUCACUAAAGAUAUCUUAUUGACGAUUCCAAGCUUGGAAGAUUAAAAAUUCCGACUUUGAAGAGCAGUGCGAUUAAUACACUCACUUUUUAUUUUGCUGCUUUCUUUUUCCUCCUGUUACUACACAAGAUGUUGUAUUAAUUAUUCAUAAAAAUCUUGAAUGGUUUAUAUUUAUAACACUUGUGUAGAUAAAUAAAAUUUUAAUGUGUUCACUGCUACUUCACUUUCCGAUAAAAUCUUGAUUGGGUGCGGGGGGCCUACCAUUGGAACAUCUGGGUUGAUUAUUUUUGUAGAGU